GCUAGGGUUUAGGGGUUUUGUUUUCGAUGGAUGCUGGGGAGCGCCAAGUCCAGGUGCGCUUCACGACGCGGCUGGGGAGCGAUCUUCGCGUGGAAGCCACCGCAUUCUCGCUACCCGUGCAUCUCAAUCGCUACGGCCUCUCGCAGAUCAUCAACACGCUCCUCGCGCUAGAUAGCCCUCGGCCUUUCGAUUUCCUCUUCGAUGGAGAGCUCAUUCGUACCACUCUCGAGCAACUCUACUUGUCAAAGAAUCUUUCGGCUGAGAGCAUUCUUGUUCUUGAGUACAUUCUAGCAGUUGGACCGCCGGAGCUCCAAUCUUCGCAGCCCGAGAAGGAUUGGGUCAGUGCUGUGAAUGGUGUGAAUCCCAGUUUGAUUCUUUCCGGGUCUUACGACUCAUUUGCCAGAGCCUGGUUUCCGGAUGGGACUUGUGGUUCAGUUCUUAAGGGACACAGUGAUGCGAUCACGUCCAUUGCUGUAGCUGGUUCGUCGAAUGAUACUGAUCUCGAUGUUAUUACUUCUUCUAAAGAUAAAACCUUACGGCUUUGGAAGGUGCCUUUAAAACCAUCUUCAAGCACUCUAAGUUCAGUCAGGAUUUUUAAAGGCCAUGCUGCAUCGGUGCAAUGUGUUGCUGCAAGCCCCUCGAACACCCAGGUUUGCUCAGGCUCAUGGGAUUCGACAAUCAAGCUAUGGAAGAUCGACUCGGAAGAUGAAGACAACGAAGACGAACAGGCACUCAAGAAGCGGAAACUAGAUGGAGCAAAGCAAUCGAUUGCGCAGGUGACAGCCUUUACUACUCACAAAGAACACACUCAGUGUGUCGCGGCACUAGAAUGGCCCGAGGACAGAUACAUAUUCUCUGCGUCUUGGGAUCAUUCUUUCAGGCAAUGGGACGUUGAAACAAGCAUCAACACACUGACAAUGACGUGCAGCAAAGCCUUACACUGCCUGAGCGUCGGAGGUGAAGGAUCGUCGCUCGUAGCUACUGGUGGCGCAGACCCGGUGCUUCGUAUUUGGGACACUCGAAUGCCAGGUACGGUGGUACCGGUUUUGCAGUUGACGUCCCACACAUCGUGGAUCAGUGCUUGUAAAUGGCAUCGCCAGUCGCCCAAGCAUCUAUUAACCUCGUCCUACGAUGGCACUGUCAAGAUGUGGGAUAUAAGAAGUAAAGUUCCGCUUCAAACUGUAGAGGCGCACAAAGACAAGGUCCUUUGUGCGGAUUGGUGGCGGGAGGACACAGUAGUCACUGGUGGCGCCGAUUGCGAGUUUAAGCUAUUCAAAUACACACCGAUCGAAUGGCUAUGAGAGAACACUCUCCUGCGAGCACAGAGAGUAAGCGUGUCAUCUCAAAUCAUUCGAUCAUCGGUGACUUCGAAGUGUACCUUGAGAAUUUUUGGAAGUCAAGUUUAGAAUGCUUGUUAGUUCCUCCAGGUGAGAGAAUAAGAUCAGGAACCAUUUCGCUCACGAGUGCUUCGUUUGUCCGGAUCGUUUCACCAGUGCCGUGUUUCUUGAGUGUCAGCGCCCUCGUCAAAUCCAUCCGAUGGCCCCAUUACUUGAAACACCAUCUGUUUGUCAUACUUCGCCUUCCUUCUCGCAUCAAACUCCUCCCAGCCAUCAAUCUGAGUUGCGGUUUGCAAUGUAAGCAUUCAAGAAAAAAAUUCAGGAACAAGUAUACUUCUCUCA